ACUCGUGGAAUCCUGAGUCGUGUCAGUGCUCCGGCGGACGCGAUCGCGCGCGAGUGUGUCGUUCAGUAACGUUGUUACACCGCUGGAAGAACGAAGUGAACGGAGAAAAGGGAGUAGAAAUACUUAGAAGGAUCUACCCACAGGUGCGUGUUUCCGGUGUAGUGAACGAGCAACGAAGAACAACAGGGACACGAGUGACAGCGAUAAUCAGCACUAUAUUUCUAACGUUAAAAACGAUUCACCCGCAAAAGGAAAAUUCUGCUUCGCGUUCGUUGUGAUCUUUUAACGUGUUUUCAAGAAUCCGACCUUCUCACUUUUCCCAGAGGUUCUCAGAGGUUCCCAGAGCUGUAAGAAUGUACUAGGAAAACCAUAGAAUUGGAAACUAAAGUAUAAUAGUCGGACGAAGAGUAUGUUCUUGGAUGUCGACUUCUUCGUUGAAAAUUCUUCUGCGUGCUAAUAAUAAUCUUCCGAAUGAUUCCUUCUUUUUAAUGGAUCGUUAAGAAGAGUACGUACAAUUAAUAGUUGAAAUUGAUAGCUUUAUACGUAUUCUCCACUUUCCGUCCUUGGCGGCUGUUACUACUGAAUUUCGUACCGAUACGCGAUCUACGACACGCUUAUCGAUCGUAUCGCGUUCCCAUUGUGUUCCUCGAAUGCAUAAAAGUCUUGUCGAUGAAUCGUCGACAUUAAACGUGUAGGAAAUAUUUCGCGAGAUCGAAAGUCUGACGGCUACGAUAUUUACUCGAGGUAGUCGCUAAUAACUCAAUCGUUGUUUUUAUUUGUUUGUUGUUAAUAUUCAAUCAUAUCGUUGCUCUGUCGUACAUGAUUGCGGCGUUUCGUUCGACUGGCCUGUAACUCACGUUCGAGACAUACGUGUCUGUGAUUUCGCGCGACGGAAACGUAUCACUGGCAACGCCGUCGAUACGACGCCGAGCCUUCCGGCGCGUCAACGGAGGAAUUUACUUGUUCGUGGGACCAACAUUGCCAGCUAGACGUUUCUCGAAGAGAAGUCUCGACGGUGUCCGUGCAUCCGGUAAACAGGUUAUGCGUGGUCGUGUCGCGACAAAAACUCUGCCAGGCUUAGUCGAAACGUUCGAAUAAGCUCGUUGUGUCUAUGACUCGUUCGGUGUCGUGAAUUACGCGUGACGAUGUGCGAUUGAGAAAUCUUUGCUGAAAUUUGAAAAAUAUAAACAAGCAUCGUGCCCUUCGCUCGAGAGAGUGCGUCGUUAUACGUAUGUAUGUGUAAUACGGAGUGCAGAAGUCGCGUCGAUUAGGCUGUUCGAUAACCCAGUGUGUCCGGCAAAGUGAAAACGUGAAUGAUAAUUGGCGAUAGACGAUACAACGAUUCGAUAUUCACGUUUGGUGCGUUUAAUUAAAGGCUUGUUCUUUCAUCGAAAGAAGUACAAAAGUGAAAGAAGCUACGAAAAGAAGGAGAAGAUAUUCGUGAAAAGCUGCGGACCGUGAUAAGAAAUAGAAUUUUUGAAGAAGUAUUUGUGACACGUUCGUUGAUAUCCAGAAGAAUACAACGAUUUAUUCGGCUGGCUUGCUUCAAUUCUCAUCCAUUCGCGUCUCCAGAAACAGCUGUCGAGAAUUUCGAGUCGAUGAGAUCGAAGCAGCGGGACGCGAGCUGAAAACGCGCGGCUGCCGUCGUUGAAGGCUACUUAAAACGACCAUUGAGCAUUCGUCAGGGUGCUCGAAUUACCCACAACAGGUGGCUCGCAACUCCGCCAAUACGAGCGCAACAUCUGCAACUCCGGGCGGCUUGUGGGAGUGCAGCAAGUGCCUGGACGAGAUGCGGCUGAUGCAGAGGCUGGCGAUCAGCGGACUCCUGUCCGUGAUACUGAUCGUCCUUCUGACCGGCACGUUCGUCACGCGUCGCGACUUGGCGAACGUCGUCGAACGUGGUGUGGGGCCGGAAGAGCGAAACGAACAGCAAGUAAAUCCAGCCUGGGUACAGAGCAACGUGGUCCCGGGCCAGGAUGAGCCGAAACCCGAAGAUAAGGAUCGACGACCGGAUUUCAAGCAUAGACAGGUCGAGCCAUCCGCGGUUGGACCCCCGCCGAUUUCUGUACCCGGACCCUACGUCAUUAGACCGCCUAAUCCACCUCUGGAUGAUGUGACUAAUCAGCGCCGCGAGAAGAUCAAAGAGAUGAUGAAACAUGGCUGGGACAACUACGUGAGGUACGCCUGGGGAAAGAACGAGCUGAGACCAAUCUCGAAAAGGGGCCACAGCGCUAGUAUCUUUGGUGCUUCAAAUAUGGGUGCAACUAUCGUCGAUGGCCUCGACACCCUGUACAUCAUGGGUCUACACGACGAAUUCAAGCAAGGCCGUGACUGGAUCGCUGAGAAUCUCGACUUCGAUAUCAACUCGGAAAUAUCCCUCUUCGAGACGAACAUUCGUUUCAUGGGAAGUCUGCUGGCGUGUUACGCUCUCACCGGGGACGUGAUGUUCCGGGAUAAGGCGGCUCAGCUCGGCGAACGGAUGUUGCCCGCUUUCCAGACGGAAACCGGAAUUCCUCAUUCCCUCAUCAAUCUCCAUACCGGGGCGAGCAAGAAUUAUGGCUGGGCGAGCAGCGGGUGCAGCAUCCUCUCCGAAAUUGGCACGAUGCAUCUCGAAUUCACCUACCUCAGUGACAUCACGGGCAAUCCGGUUUUCAAGAGCAAGGUCGAGAACGUAAGGAAAGUGCUGAAGAACCUGGAGAAACCGAAAGGACUCUACCCCAACUAUAUUCACCCGAAGACUGGAAAAUGGGGCCAACAUCACAUGUCGUUGGGAGGUCUCGGUGACAGUUUCUACGAGUAUCUAUUGAAAGCGUGGAUUCAGUCCGGCAAAGAAGACGUCGAAGCCCGACAAAUGUACGACGAAGCGAUCGCGGCUAUAGAUCAACACAUGAUCAAGACAUCACAGGGCAAGCUGCUGUACGUGUCGGAUUUAAAAUACGACAGGCUCGAGCAUAAAAUGGGACAUCUGGCGUGUUUCGCUGGUGGUAUGUUUGCAUUGGGAGCGAAAACCCACGAAAACGAACUGUCUGAGAGAUACAUGACGAUAGCCGCUGGUUUGACCAACACGUGCCACGAAUCCUACGACAGAAGUUACACGAAACUCGGACCGGAAGCCUUCCAUUUUAUCGAGGGUAACGAAGCGAAGAGUUUAAAGAACGGCGAAAAAUACUACAUUCUUCGGCCAGAGACCUUCGAAUCGUACUUCGUGAUGUGGCGACUGACAAAGGAUCCGAAAUACCGUGAAUGGGGCUGGGAAGCUGUUCAAGCGCUCGAGAAAUACUGUCGCGUUCCAGGAGGCUUCACCGGACUCCACAAUGUUUACUUGGUCGAUCCUCCGCAGGACGACGUGCAACAGAGCUACUUCUUCGCCGAGACGCUCAAGUACCUCUACCUGCUGUUCAGCGACGACGAUCUCAUAAAUCUGAACGACUGGGUGUUCAACUCCGAGGCUCACGUGCUUCCCAUCAGGGGCAACCCGCUGUACCGGGCGUCUCCCUCUUUAUAAUUCAAAGGAAACUCUCACACCUGGAAGAAAACGACACACCGACGACACAGCAAGACCGUUCUAACAUCUCGAAACAAUCGGAAGUCGUCCGCUGUGCACCAGGAAGGGAGAGCAACAACGUGAGAGAUGAACAAGAAGAGGGAAUAACUCGGAACUACAAGAAACGAGAAAGAGAAGAAAAAGCAACGCAAAAAUUCAACAGUGUACGCGAUAAGAAAAUACAAGAAAAAAUAGAACAGUGAACAAGUUUCUGGAUUUAGAAGGUAAAAAAAGAAAGGAAAAAAAAGAAAAGGAAAAGAGAAAAGAAAGGGAGAAAGGAACAAAUUAACGAACGCGUUAUUACCUGUGAAAAAUUAUAGACAGAUCGAUGAACAGUGAAAAAAAUAGGAAAAUGGAGAGAGACUGGGGAGGCGGAACGACGACGUGGAUACUCAGCUCGCAAAAGCCACGUGUCGCCGCGGUGAAUACAAUUAAAAAUAAUUAUUUUAGGUAAAACGAGAUAUACUAGGGGACAGGGAGAGCGUGGAGAAGAUGAUAACGAACGUUAUUUAAGCGACAAACUAUACAGAUGAAGAAUUACACGGAGACACAUACACACACACAUACACACAGAGUACGUUUGUAAAUAGCGAAAAAAGAAGGAAUGUGUGAACAAAACUAUAUAAUAGAUCGCGCGAGAAAGAGGGAGUGAAAGAAGCGAGAGACGAGAGAAUAAGGGAAACGUAUGCUCGAGCGAAAGAGACAAUUUGAAAUAGAGAAAGAAUGCGUGUAUGCGUGUGAGAGAGGCAGAAACUAGAAUGAAAAUUUAAUCGUUUGCCUGAAUGUUUGACCCAUUUUCUUUUUUCGCCUGCGACAUGAAAAUGGUCUAGGCAGCCGAACCUAUUUCAAGGAAGAUCCGAAUACCGAACGUUCCAGUCAGAUCUCUUGGUGAUUAUGGCGAAGCUGUUCAAUCGGUGUUUCUCUUUUCCUUCUUCCUUCUGUUCGAGCUUUUUUGAAAACGUGGCACUCUAACGUCCGAGAGGUAAAAAUAAAAAAAAAGAAAAAAAAUCGAAAAAUUAUAAAAUUCUCUGACAAAUAACGAAAAUAAUUGUUUGCUAAAUAAUUAGUCGAUGUAAUUGGUUUGGGAAUUCGUAUUUUAUGGGAAAGCAUUUAGAUCGAAAUAGGUAAUUAUUUAAAAAAUAAAAUUUCGUAUAACUACGUUAAGAACGUUUGAAAAAAAAAAGAAAGAAAAAGACACCAGUCCUCCAAGAAGAUCGAUCAGUGGAUCUAUAAGUUAUUCUUGUUUUAAUUAACAAUUAUAUCGAUCGCUGAUCGAUCUCGCCACUUUUCAGACUUCACCGACACAAGACCUUCUUCGCGGCUUUUUCUAUCUUUUUCUACUUUUUGAAUAAACGACACACUGCGCCUCGAUCGUCUCGGUGGCAGAAAGCGCCGAUGGAAAUUCGUUCGAUCCGAUCGCGCUACGUAUUUGAUGCGACGAUUUUAUUUUAAGUUUUACCGGCUACGCGCGUGUUUUAUAGAAAUCAAAGUUCACGGAAUUGUUAAUAAAUCGAUAUUUGUCUUUGUUUAGAAAUUUUAAUAUAUUUAAUUACGAACGAAGGGUAACUCUCGUUUCUCUUUAAACAAACUGUUAUCAUAAUUCGUAAAAACAUGAAAUAAAAUCAAAAGACGACAUUAGUAUUUUUGCAUUUUAUACCGUGUGAAUCCAUUUAUGCUUAGAAUGAAUAUUUUAUUGGAAUACCGGAGUUUCAUUGUUUGAAAUAACGCAGUUAUUGAAAUUUGGAAAUCUCCUUAGAAAUACGAGUGCAGAGUUUACAGAAGCUGGAGCAUAAAUGGGUUACGUUUAAAAGUUCCUUACAUAUCCUUUUGUUUCUGCGUCGCGUUCGGCUGAAUUUUAAGGCGAAUCGCCAAGUGCUUCCAUGUAACUGGCUGGAGAAAAUUUCGAAGAAGUUUCAGCCGAAACUUUUCUAUGGAAUUCGUAGUUUGAAUCUUUAUGGGCGUAAUAUGGAAAAGGAAUAAGCGUACGAGGAAACGUAAGGAAAGAUUUUACGAUUUUCGAGCGUGUUUAACGGCGAUGUGAAGCACAAGAGCAAAAGCAUCGGCUACUUGUGCGAAUAACGAAUGGUAUCGAUGGAAGAACAGGCUUGAUUUAUUUCACGUAUUUUACAUAUUUAUACGUUUGAUAUCUUCUUAUUAUUUUUACCAUCGCCAAAAUUCUUUACGAAAAAUUUCUUAAGUGUUGCAAAUUAUUUCCGUAAAAUACGAAAAAUUCAAUGAAUUAGUAGAUUUAUCAUAAAACACAUUUAGAAUAUUGACAAAGCACUGCUAGAUUAUUUUAAUAAAUAUCUAAAUAUUUUAACGGUAUUGAUCUUAAAAUUUAUCUUACUUUUAUCAUUUAUCUUACAUUUAAAAUUUAUCUUACAUUUUACUUUUAUCUUAAUAAGGAAAUAUAUAUUCGAUGUGAAUUCUUUCAUCGAUGCAACGAAUGGUUCUCAAAAAUGUCAAUUAUCCAUCAAAGAAAUUAGAAAAAGAGCAAUCUUCAAAAUACGAAAUUUAAACCAUCCAUUCAUUUAACGAAAGAAUCAAUUUUCAUUUCUUCGACAAGUUAUAUUGCCUGAAAAAAUCAAAAAUCAUCCCCCAGUACAAUCUUCAUCACGAUGAACAUCAACUAGAGGGUUGCCCUUCGGACAACGAAAUGUAAUUAUUAUUAAUAUUAUGCAAAGAUGAGAAAUUGGCUGGCAAAAGAUUCGAUCUUACUUUCUUCUUGAUAAACCAGCAGGAUUCUAUUCUUCUAUUGUUUUCAAAAAAAUCUUCGAUGUAAAAUUCAAACAUGAAAGACGCACAUUAGCAACGAUUCUUUCAUAUUUGUCCAAACUUGAGAGAUUUUUUAACGAUAGAAAAUCGUGAUCGAAUUGCCAAUUAUCACGAUAUAGGAUACGAUCACCGUCUUUCGCUCUUGCGCCCUUUGCAUGGCCAUCUUCUCAACUUUGCUCAAUAGAAAAAUUCAAAACCACUGGACUGGAGAUGUUUACACAGAUUCGUAUUUUUAUGAACGCAAUGAAACGAAAGACAAUAUUUGAUUCACCCACUUAAUAUUAUCUUUAAUCGAGAAUCGAAAGCUUCUGCGUUGCUACUGUACAUUAAACGCCAUUGAGAAACAAAUGUGGCACUCGUUCUUCGAAUCGCAGUAUUAAAAUACAAAUUCGAGCUAUGUCUCGGAUAUUUUUUAUAUUUUUCCGCAUUGCGUGCAUUUUCGCACCAUUAAAUUUUCCCGAAGCACGUAAACAUCCGCAGUCUAGCGAUCACCGUUGCAUCGAUUCUCGCGUUCGACAGCAUCAUCCAUCGAAUGUUCGUCUCGUGGAAGGCUUUCAGCCAUCGAGCUGCCGGAAUCAACGUGCAGCCCCUGAUCAGUAGUUUCCGGUGCAAGCGUAACCUCACGAGACUCAUAUUUUUUCCUUGUGUGUGUUGAACAAAUCAAAAAUCGCGAGCCAAAUUCCUACGUCGUAUCCAUCAUUGACCCUAUGCAGAGAAGACUGGAUCAUUGUCGACGCGAUUGUCGAAUAUUUUAUUCUAUUGAAACAUCGAUAAAUGUAGCUUCUCCACUCGUCUAUGACAAUCGAAUUUACUUAAAAAGUAAAACCGUAAAACCUUAAAAAAUUUAGAACAAUACUGUCGCUUUUAGUCAAAAUAUCCCACGUAGCAUUUUUUCAUUUUUCAAGAUACGCUGAAGCAUUUGAUAUUUUUACCUGUGUUUCUUGCCUUGCGAGUAAAGUUACAUUAUGCAGGCUGUAGCGAUACGAUGACUAAAAAUUUCAAAUUGAUCGAAGAGAAUGAUAUAGUUGGAGCUUUUCUAGGUUUUAAAUAGCAGAUGGGAGAUUUUGAUCAAAGAGGACAGAAUAAUCAUCGAGUCCACAUCGAUCGUCUCCAUAAAUUGCAAAUUAGAAAAAAUUGAUAUCGCUGUUGUUUUUUAUUUUUAUCUUAAAAUUCGCUAUCAACCAUGUCACUUCAUUGCGAUAAAUAAACUUACCGGAGUCUCCUAUUCGAUUCCUAAAAAUCCAACUGCUACCGUACGCUUCUGCGUUGUACAGUAAAAAAGAAAUUCAGAAAAACUAGAAUUGGUCAAGCUAAGUUAACUGAUAGCUUCGCGUAAUCGUAAUUUAGAAAGAGACAAACAUGAUACACGUACGUGAGACGGAAUUGAUUCAGCCUUCGUUGUCAGAGGGUUAAACGAUCGACAGAAGGAUGAGUCGCGCGCGAUUUUCAACGAAAGGGGAAAAGCGUAAAAGCGACGCGCGAAAUCAGUCGCGCGUGGUAGUUUAGUAAACGAUGUAGCAACCGAUAAACUAGCGUGUACAUAGAUGAAAAGAUUUCAAAGGAGAAAAGUAAAAAAAGAAAGUCAUAUUCUAUAGGAGGUACGAGGCGUAGAAACAGAGUUAUAUAGAGGUUACUGGAUGUGUAAUUGUAUAGGCUUUGCAACGAACGUGCGCAAGAAGAGAGAGAGAGAGAGAGGAUAUGUGUGCGUGAGAGUGGAGAUACGUGAGAGAUAUUGUAAAUUCGAGUUGUCAAGACGCGUUUCGAGUUCGAGUCGGAUGCGUUCCCAUGUUGCGAAGCUGCGUUCUAUUACGAAUAACGAGCAGCGUUCUUGGAAAGAUAAAGAUAACUUUACGAAAUGUAAAAAUUAGGUUUGUUCCUUUUCGUCAUUUUUGUAGAUUUAUAAGUUUCAAAGAUUUUAAUCGGCGACAAUAAGAAUUAAAGUAUGUUGGUUAUUUAAAGGUAUACGAAAUAGAUUUCCGUAAUAUUUUUUUAGAAAAAUCCCUUGGUUUUCGUAAUUUUUGUAGGUUUCUAAAUUAACCGAAUACUUCGAAAGUACAAAAACCUAGACUGUCGUAGUAUUUCAUAAAGAUUAAUAGGUGGACCUUUUACAGCGAGCUUUUUAGAAUGAUCAAAUUUUGAACAAUUAUUUCUCAACGAUUAAUUGAUAACGCAUAACGAAACUUUGGAUUUCGAGAAUUUGAGACAGAUACGAAUUAAGCAAACAACAUUUCAAAUUGCAAAACCAAAAAUGGAAAUCAUCGAUUCCUAACGAAGAAGAUUUAUACCAUCGCUUACGAAUGUUUGAAGCUCUUCUGUAACUCGAUGUACGAGGAUCUUCGAAAUUUAAAACACUGCCUGACUCAAACCGCCGACAUUAUGUGAGCGAUUUUCGUCCUCUUCUUUCAGGAAUCACGCGAAUAUUCUUAUACAAUUUAACAAAACGAUUGUCGAAAGGGAAACUAUAGAACGUAUUUUUAUAACAAGAAAAGAAAGAGCGCAACAAAAGAGUGGGAUAUCAAACGAUCGAAUCAACAAAUCUUUUUUCCCAAGUAUCGACUGUCGUUUUUCGCAAUUAAACGCAGCAGAAGGGACGGGAAAUAUCGAAGAAACACGUGUCCUUGAUCGAGGACCGAUCUCGAGGAAUUUCCCACAUCCGCUUUCCAAACAAUCAGCGAGUCGAUGACUAAGACGGCCAGAAAGUUACUUAAUAUAUUAUAACAUAAUGAUACUUUACGCCUCUUGCCUUUUUCGUUCCUCGGGCUCGGAUGGCCGCUCGGAAAUUUACUAUUUCGAGCGUUCAUCCUUGGAACAGAAGCAAGACACCAUAGAAUGUAUACACUCAACUAUACGGAAGUACAUGCGUAUGUUUCUUGUACAAGAUGGAAACGAAAUGCUUAAACACGAGAAUUGACAAAGAAACAAAAGAAACGAGCAGGUGUUUCGAUUGCAAUUUCUCGUACGUUGUGUGUUUCUAAGAGAUUCAUUGAUCCUUGACACAGUUACGAUUAUCAUUCGUUCAUGGACGUUCAUUGUUACUGACGUGUUCUGAAGCGAUCUAUUCAAAAUAAUUCGUUCGUCGAUUCUUCGUUUCGUUUUGAAAUGGAAGCUUCCGUGGGGAAACUUCGUUCAAUUCGAAUACGAAGAAAGAGAUAUUUUUAGAAGAUGUUUGCGAUUUUGACCCGAAAUAGACACUUGUAAUUAUUUAUUACGAAUUUAAAUGUAUAUAACUAUUAAAGAAUCGUGUUACUUUGAAUAUAUUCGUCGUUAUUAUUUAUGACAAUGUAGGAAGGAACAACGAAUACCAUCGAAAUUUCAUUUGUCAAGGAAGAAUCGUUUCGACGACGUGGUAACAACGGACAGACCGAGAAAACUUCAGUGUCUUCUAACGCGUGGAACCAGCUCACUCGGAAUUGGACGAGCAAGCGAUCUUCGUUUUCCUCCCUUUCCGUAGGAACAAAUCGAUCGAACAAAACAAUUCUAUUUUGCUGCUGAUAUUAUAUACUUACACGAGCAAAGAAAUAAAACGACAAAGGGAAACCGUUAGGUCGUUGUCCUGUGUAAAGAAAAAAAAAAAACAAAUUAUUAUUUAUAAUAGUAACGAAAAGAUUGUCGCUGAUCUAACAGAGCGACGACGAUGGACGAGGAUAGAUUCGACGGUGAUGAAGAUAGUAAUAAACGAUAAUUAGCCUAUACAUAUAUUUGUGAAUAGAUAUUUAAUAAUUUAUUGUUAACUAGAGUAUUUUAUUUGAAGGAUUUUCAUUAAACGGGGUUUCGGGUACCAAUAAUAUCGUUUCUUACGCCAGAGAAAAAAAGGGGUUAGAAAAAAACAAGAGACAGAGCGAGAGAGAGAGAGAGAGAGAUUGUAUGAAAGCGAUUAUGGUGUGAGUAAAGAGAGUGAAGAAAAAAAAUAAUGAGAUUAAAAUGAGCGACAAUUUCUACGUGCGCUUUUGUCAAAGAAUCGAGAGAGAGAGAGAGAGAGGGAGGUAGAGAAGAAAAGAUAGAAAACAGUUUCUUAGCUUUACUUACCUAAUUUUUGUAAGCAGAGCGACAACAAACAGACGCCGGUAAGAGGAAAAAUAAAAUGGUGUAAAAGAAAACAAAUUAUAUAUAUUAUAUAUUUAUCGUUGGUCGAAGAACGGAGAGAGGAGAACGGGUGAACGAGAGGAAAAAGAAUAAUAGAAUAAAAUGUAAAACGAUGAGCGCGUCGCGCGCCAGCAUUCGACGCAAACUAUAAUUAUACUUGUAAAUACAGUACACGAUUUAGUGAUAAUACGGGGGUUUUACUUUUAACAGCUUUAUGUGAUUAUUACUUUGUCAUGAUCAAUGAAAUAAAUAAAUGAUGAUAAUACUUUAAUCUA